AUGCUCCGCCAACAGGUCGGUCGUCGGUCGAGCCAUUGGCGCGUCGUCCAGCUGCAGAAGGCAGCGAUGAGUACCGUGCAGAUUGGUGGCAUCUCGGUGCCCAAGGCCACGCCCAGCGAGUCGCUACAGCAUCUUCGGUGGAUGCUGCAGAAAGACGUGCUCCAGCAAGAUAUGUUUCUUAUCGGCCCGCCCGGGCCGGCGCGCCGCCACCUCGCCAUGCAGUUUGCAGAGCUCUUGCAGCGCGAAGUCGAGUACGUAGCCAUUUCGCAGGACACGACCGAGUCCGACCUCAAGCAGCGUCGAGAGAUCUCGGGCGGCGCCGCCAUCUUCUCGGACCAAGCGCCUGUCCGCGCUGCCAUGCACGGCCGCCUUCUUAUCCUCGACGGCCUCGAGAAGGCCGAGCGCAACGUCCUCCCGACACUCAACAACCUCCUCGAGAACCGAGAGAUGGCGCUGGAAGACGGUCGGUUCCUCAUGAAGGCCGAGAGCUACGACGCGCUGCUGGCGGCAGGCCACACGGCCGAGGCCCUCGCCGCGCAAAACCUCGUGCGCGUCGACCCCGCGUUCCGGGUCAUCGCACUCGGGCUGCCCGUGCCGCCGUUUCCCGGGCGGACGCUGGACCCGCCGCUCCGAUCGCGCUUCCAGGCCCGACGCAUCUCGCCGCCGUCGCCGGGCGCGCGCCUUGAGAGUCUUUUGGCGACUCUGCCGGCGGCGUCGCUCCCGCUCACAGAGAAGCUCGUGGGGCUCCUCGAAGCCAUCCACGUGGUUGAAAACAUGACGACCCACGGCCAGCGGCCCCCGCACCUCGCGUCCAUCGAGCACGUUGUCGCUUUGGCCACGGCGUUCCCAUCGUCAGCGUGCUUGCGGGACGCUCUCCGGCGCGUCUUUCCCAUUGAGCUCUGGACCGAGCACAAGGAGGCCAUGGAGCGAGUUCUCGACACGUUCUUCCCGGCGACGCCAUCGCCGUCGUCGUCGCCGAGCUACUUGCUGACAGCGACCUCAUCGCACGCCGCGGACCUCGUCGUUGGCAAGGAUCCUGCGAUCUCGGUCGCGUGCGGGGCCUUGGGCCCGACGAUGGCGCCGAUGCCGGGCUACGUGGAGGCGCCGGCCUACCAUAACGUGCUCACAACGAUGCUGCAGGACCAUGCACUCGGAAAGGACUUGUGCAUUCUCGGACCCAAGGGUAGCGGCAAGUCGGGCUUGGCGCGCUUGUUUGCGCACCGGCUUGGGUACCCGUCCGAGCUCUUUACGCUCUUCAAGGACAUGACGUCGCGCGACCUGUACCAGCGCCGGGCGACCGACGACCACGGCAACACGUACUGGGAGGACAGCCCGCUGGUUCUGUUUCAUUUGCAUGCGGCCCGGCACGGCCAUGUCGCGAUCCUCGACGGCGUCCAUCGGCUCCACGGCGACACCCUCGCGACGCUCCAGCGCCUCAUGCAGGACCGCGAGAUCGACCUCGCGGAUGGCGCCAAGUUCAUCUCGGCCGACAAGUCGGACGGCGCGGUGCCCAUCCACCCGGCCUUCCGCAUCCUCUGCCUCGGCGACAGCGCCGGAAAAGGCAAGUUCCCAUCCUGGCUUUCGUCCGAGAGCCUGGCCAUGAUGACCUUUGUGCACGCACCGACGCUGUCACGCACCGAGCUGCAGCACAUGCUCGCGGCCCUGAGCCCGUCGCUGCCAUCGGCCGUCACCUCGGUGCUCGUGGCCUUUUGGGACCAGGUGCAAGCGACGCCGGAGCUGUCGCUCUCGCUGCGCCAGCUGCUGCGCAUGGCCCGGCGCCUCGACGCGUUCCCUGACGCUGCGAUGGCCGACCUCGGUGCCGUCGUUCACGACACGAUGAUGACGCAGUUUGUCGGGCCCAAUUUGGCCAAGGCCAUCCACCGGGCGCUGGACGCCGUCCAGCACGCGCUUGACGAUCGGGAGCGUGACGUACCCGAUUCGUACGGCGCCGGCCGCCCCGAGCUCGUGCCGCAGCCGCUCUACUAUGACAUCCCCAAGCACACGCGCGUGAUGCAAAACGUGCUGCAGGACAUUGUGUCGGGCGAGCGCCACCUCUUGCUCAUCGGCAACCAAGGCGUCGGGAAAAACAAGGUCGUCGAUCGCCUUCUCCAGCUCAUGCGCCAGGAGCGCGAGUACAUCCAGCUCCACCGCGACACGACCGUGCAAACGCUGACGCUGGUGCCGUCCUUGGCCAACGGCAAGAUCACGUGGGAAGACUCGCCCUUGGUGCGCGCGGUCAAGGAAGGCCGGACGCUGGUCGUCGACGAGGCCGAUAAGGCACCUCUCGAAGUCGUGUGCGUGCUCAAGGGCCUCAUCGAAGACGGCGAAAUGCUGCUCGGGGAUGGCCGUCGCAUUCUGGAUCCGACCAAGGUCGCCACCGACGGCGUCGACGCGAACAAGACGAUCCUCGUGCACCCCAACUUUCGCAUGUGGGUGCUCGCCAACCGGCCGGGGUACCCGUUCCUCGGCAAUAACCUCUUCUCGGAGAUUGGCGACAUCUUUGCGAGCCACUCCAUCGACAACCCGGACGCCGCGUCCGAGCUGGCGCUGCUGCGGGCAUACGCACCGAGCGUGCCCGUGGACGUCCUCCAGCGGCUCUGCGCGGCGUUCGCUGAGCUCCGGCAGCUCGUCGACGACGGCGCGAUCACGUACCCGUACUCGACGCGCGAAGCCGUCGCGGUCGCCAAGCACCUCGAGACGUUCCCGGAAGAUGGCGUGACCGAGACGCUGGAAAACGUCUUGGCGUUUGACGCAUACGACCUGAACUUGCGCCAACUGCUCGCGUCCGUCUUCCUCCGUCAUGGCAUCCCUCUCUCUUCGGACGCGUCGGCGCGACGCAAGAUUGCGAUUGACGUCGCGCCGUCAACGCCUCUGCCACCGCGCACCAAGAUCGACACGUGGAAGCGGGGACCGUCGACGCAGCUCCCUGUGCAGCACCUCGCACUCAAGACGCGGCGCGUGUACAUUGAACCGCCGACGUCGCGAACCUACGGCGUCGAUUACCACCGGCGCGAGAUCUUUACGGAGCAAGUGGCGUCGUGGACGGUGCCGCUGAGUGCGCACCAAGUGGCCACGUCCUUGGCCGUGCUGCCGUCGACCUCGAUGCACGUGGCGACCGCCCAGCCGCUCGGUAUUCACUCGUACUUUGGCACCGACCGGAAACACCUCUACACGGAGCUCGAAGACAGCUACGGCUACACGCGCAACACGUCGCCUCGCAUUUACCCGUACGGAAACGACCUCCUCCUUUACGUGCCCAGCGCAGACUUGGUUCUGCACCUCUCGGAGAACCACGUGGUGCGUCAAUCGUACGUGCUGCCGUCCAUAAGCCCAAAGCGCUCGUCGCGCAAUAUGUUUCAGUGGACGCCAGAACGGACCGAGACACAGGCAGUUGUCGACGCGACCGAAGGCAAGAUGGUGCUCUUCCAGGCUGGGACGCCGACGCUUCAGAUCGUCGACUUGAACAACGAGUCGACGACGGUCGUGACGACGCCGGCGCCCGUGGCGGCUGUCCACCUCUCGCCCGACGCUGGUGUCUACCGCGUCCACUACCUUGGUGACGACGCCAACGUGUACCUUGUCGAUGCGUCCGAGGGCCGCCGCGUGACGCAGCACCAGCUGUCGACAAAGGCAUCGUACGCCUUGUCGACGCCGCCGACGUGUCGCGACCACACGCAGCUUCUCGCGCACCCAGCAGCAGCGUAUCAAGAACUCGAGGCCUCGGACGAUGGAAGCGUUGUGGAUGUCUUCUCGGUCCCGCGCACCUCGGCCGAUGACGGGGCGCGUGUCACCUCGGCGGUCUUUGAGAGCCCGCGCCUUGUCACGAGUUAUGCGUCCUCGCUGAGCGUCGUGGACGUGGUGUCCGAGACGAGCAAAGACGUUGCCGUCAUGACGGCGACGCGUCACGAGACCAAGAAGAAGACGAACGACGUUGUGGCCAUUGCCGCGUUGAAGGAUGGGGAGAUCCUCUCGCUGCAGUCGCAAGGCGACCUGCGGCGGUGGCAGCUGGACCCGGCCGCGCUCGCGCAGGACUUGGCGAGCUGGAAGUACAUGUUUGACCACGACACACGCGCAGGUGUCGUGACGCCGCUGGAGCUUCAAGACGGCGGCGGCGCGUCGACGCCCAAGACCGAUGCCAGUAUGCCCAAGUACGGCAAGGACGACCCGGACAACACGCCCCACGUCGGUGGCAACACAUGGGCGGGUGGCACUGGCGGCUCGGACACGGCGGGGCUCGGCGGCCGCGGCGGCCCCUACCGCCUCGACAAGGGCCAUAAAGUGCACCAAGUGUCGCAAGCCAAGAAAGACGAAGUGAGCGCCGAAGCCCGCGCGAAGGCCAAGGCCAUGGCGGACGCUGCGCUGCAGCAGAAGCUCAAGGACAUUGACAUGACGGGCGGCGAGUGGCAAGCGUAUCAAAAGUACCUCGGCCGCAUCGAGCAAGAGACGGACCAGCUGCGCAGUGUCUUGAGCAACCUGGAAGCGAUCGAGAAGGAGCGCGGGUGGCUCAAGCACCAAUCGAGCGGCGAGUGGGAUGACGCGAAACUCGUCGACGGCAUCGCGGGCGACCGCAACGUCUUCAAGCGGCGCGGUGUCGCCGACACGCCCGACGGCCUCCACCUCGCGCCGCUCAAGAAGCGCAUGCUCUUCGUCAUGGACGUCUCUGGCAGCAUGUACCGCUUCAACGGCCAAGACAUAUCCUUUGCCACGACGUGUCCUCUUGAUAGCUUGAUAUUACAGCGCAUGCUAGAGACGACGAUGAUGGUCAUGGAGGCCUUUGCCGGCUUCGAGGCCACGGUCGAGUACGCCAUCAUGGGCCACAGCGGUGACGCGCCCGCGAUUCCCUUUGUGGCCUUCAACGAGCCGCCUGCGGACCGCAAGCAGCGACUCCAGGUGCUGCAAAAAAUGCUGGCGCACUCGCAGUACUGCAGCAGCGGAGACCACACGGUGCACGCGAUUCACGACGCCGUGCGCAGCGUCACGACGGCCGACGGCGACGAGUACUUCGUGUUUGUCGUGAGCGACGCCAACCUGGACCGGUACGGUAUCCACCCCAAGGUCCUCGGGCGAGAGCUCGCCGCCGACAGUCGCGUCAACGCCCACGCCAUCUUCAUCGCGUCCUUUGCCGACGAAGCGACUCGGAUCCUCUCGCACCUCCCGCCGGGCCACGGCCACGUCUGCCUCGACACCUCGGACUUGCCGCGCGUCUUCAAGCGCAUCUUUACGUCGUCGCUUCAAAAAUGA